AUGAACACGGCAUGGUACAAUGAAGCCGACGGCCGUUGGAACUCGACAACAGCGUGGUGGCUGACCGGCAACGCACUCCAAGCAGUCGGCGACUACACCUAUACAGCAAAGGACACGCAGUACCUCCCCCAGCUGGAGCAUACGGUCCAGGAACAAUCCGGGCCCUUGCCCUGGUGGCCAGAGGGCGGCGGUCUCUUCCGCGCAGACUCGACAGACGACACAGGGUGGUGGGCGCUGGCCAUGGUGCGGCUGUUCGACAUCACCGGGAACAGCACAUACCUCGACAUUGCGGAGACGGACGAGGCGUACAUCUACAGCUACUGGAACGCGAGCACCUGCGGGGGAGGGGUGAUUUGGGAUAUCCCGGACCUGAGCUACAAGAACGCCAUCAGCAACGAGUUGUACAUCAAGCUGGCCGCGUCCCUGCACAACCGCAUUCCCGGGGACACGAAAUACCUCGACCGGGCCGUGGAGGGCUGGGAUUGGUUCAACCAUUCGGGGAUGAUCAACUCGGCGCGGCUCGUCAAUGACGGCCUGGCGGAAGAGUCCAACGGCACGUGCGUGAACAACGGCGACACGACGUGGACGUACAACCAGGGCGUGAUACUCGGCGCCCUCUCGGAGCUGUACAUUGCCACCGGCGAGGAGCGCUACCUGGACGCUGCGAGCAGCAUCGCGGACGCGACCAUCUCCAGCUCGCUCCUGUCCCCCGGCGGUAUCCUGAAGGAGCCAUGCGAGACCACGGGGGGUUGCGAUAACAACCAGCAGGCGUUCAAGGGCAUAUUCACUCGCAAUCUCGCGGAGCUGAAUGUGCAGGUACAAGGUCGGCCGUAUGACGAGUAUCUUUCCAACAACGCCAAGUCUGUUUGGACUUCGGACCGCAACUCCCUGGAUUUGUACGGGCUUUCGUGGGAUGGGCCCUUCACAUCCGCAAGUGUCGGCACGCAGUCAUCCGUAAUUAGUCUCUUUGUCGCGAAUUUGUGGAAAUAG